GGAAGGAGGGAGGGAGAGAGAGAGAGAGGUUUAGGGAGGGUACAGUCUUAAACUUAGAGAAGAAGGACACGCGGCAAUGGUUUGACUCUCCAUAGGGCGCACUGGCAUACUUAAUGAUGGCACGACUUUGCGUCUCCUGCUGCGCUUGAUCCUCUGCUGCAAUAAUGCCGGAGAAAAGCUGAAAACUAUCGUAGCUCUCUAGGUUUAUUUGCUGGAUCGAUUUCGGCCCAUGAUAAAGAAACGGCGGAAUGGUUUUCUCCGUUAGACCGGAACAUCUUACCGUGCGCCUCCCCGAUAUUCAGAAGGCGGGGUUGUAGAGCUCCAGCAGCGCGCGGUUAUUUUUGGGUCGCGAUUUACGCAUUGAGAGAAAAUGCCAUCAGCAGGGUUUUUCCCGUAGUUCGGCGCUCAUCCGUGUGGAAGUCGUGAUGGAAGACGUGGGAGGCUCCAAACUCAGCAGGAGGACGUUCAUCGUCCCGGCCAUAAAACCGUUCGAUCACUACGACUUUGCGAGGGCCAAAAUAGCGUGCAGCUUGACGUGGCUCGUUGCCAAAGCCUUUGGCUCAGAUUGUAUUCCAGUGGAGCUGGAGGAGCCAUUCUAUAAGGACCAAUAUGAGCAGGAGCACCUGAAGCCUCCGGUGGCGUCUCUGCUGCUGUCCGCUGAGCUGUACUGUAGGGCUGGCAGUCUGAUUUUGCGCAGUGAUGCUGCUCGACCCCUCCUGGGUCACAAUGGAGUCAUCCAGGCCCUGGCUCAGAAAGGCCUGUAUGUCACUGAUCAGGAAAGACUAGUCACUGAGAGAGACCUUUGCAAAACACCUAUCCAGAUGAGCUCCCACCUGGCAAUGAUUGACACUCUGAUGAUGGCAUACACAGUGGAGAUGAUCAGUGUUGAGAGAGUGCUAACCUGUGUACAGAAAUACUCCCCUUUCUUUCCAGAGGAAGACUUCCCUUAUGAUGCUGAAGAAGCUGUGACCACCUGGAUUAACAAGGUUAAUGAAUACUUGAGAGAGACCAUGGCUCAAGAGCAAAGAGUAGGAAAUGCACUUGAGGCCAAACCUGCAGGCCAAAAGGGACAGUACAAAAAGGAGGACCAUAAAGCACAGCUUGCAUUGUAUCUCCCACUAGUGGACAACCUGCUGAAGGACAACACAGAUGGCUGUGCUUUGGCAGCAUUGCUGCAUUUCUACUGCCCCAAUGCAGUGCCACUUGAAGAUAUCUGUGUGAAGGAGACGAUGUCAUUGGCUGACAGUCUGUACAACCUGCAGCUCAUCCAGGACUUCUGCAGGGAGAACCUGAAUAACUGCUGUCACUUCACACUGGAGGACAUGUUUUAUGCCUCCAGUUGUUUUAAGGUAAGAAGAAAUGAUUGCGUGUGCAGAUACUUUGGGAGUAACUACCUUGUGUUUAUGGCAGAGCUGUUUUGGUGGUUUGAAGUGGUCAAACCCUCUUUUGUUCAGCCCCGGACACUUGAAUCUAAAGUUGAGGCAACUAAAAUGGCUCCCAUAACCAAAUACAACCUGAUCCACAGACCACCUAGUCCUGACCCAACAAAGUCAACAAACACCACCAACCCAGCUAUGAUAAAGAGGUCAAACUCUCUGUCAUAUGUGGAUGGGUGUGUGGGGACAUGGCCCAAAGAGAAAAGGUCUUCAGCCCAUGGUAUCUCGUUUGAGAUUCCAUUUGAUGACCCUAUGCCUUGCGCAUCAGGUCAAGGAUUGAGUCGGUCUGCUAGCUCAGAGGGCCUGGGGUUCAAAGUUUCCAACUCAGCACGGGGCAUGCGCAGGAACCUCUCUUUCCAACCUGUUAAUGGAAGCGCACGCACACCAUUACAAGAGGAAGAGGACAGUGACGUAACCUCACACCAUGGUCCUGUCAGGCCUCUUUUUAGAACUGACACGAGGUAUUCAAAUGGGGUGCAUCCAGAUGUCGCUACUCCCCAGCCCCCGACUCCAACUAUGGAGGAGGCUCUGAAGAUCAUCCAUGCCUCUGAGUGCUCUCAUAGUAGUCUGCAUCCCCCCGUUGGUGAAAAUGCCUUUUUCUUGCAUCCUCCUGAAGCUCAGGACCAGGCUGCUAUUAACUCUGACCUGCAAGACCCUGAGGACAAUCUGUCUAAAGCCCAGGCUGAUGACGGACAGCAAAAUUCUACAUCAACCGAAAUGGAUACAGGAAUUCACGUUCGCACAGAGGACAUCCAGGAUGGUCAGGAUGAAGACUCCUCUUUAAAGGACUACUCUGAUAUGGACCAAGACUACGAAGCCCGUUCGUGUCCAUUACCUGAUACUGGUGGCAAUUUCAGCCCUGUGCCAAGUCUACAGGGUCAGUGUUCACUGGCUGCAAGCUCCACCUCCUCAAUUGGAUCCUCCUUUGCUGUGCGUAUGACGAGUUUUGCUGAACAAAAGUUCCGAAAGCUCAACCAUGGGGAGGGACGGAGUGGUGGAAAUACGCCUGAAAAUGAUGUAAGCACUACAACUGCUAGGGCAGUAGCAAGGUCUCUCAUACCUGAUGCCCCAAGUCCCAGUCAGGCCAGCUCACCUCGUGACCCAUCUAACCUGUUAGUGUCUGAGAUGGUGCAACUGAAGAUGAAGCUUGAGGAAAAGCGUCGAGCUAUUGAAGCUCAAAAAAAGAAAGUGGAAGCCGCUUUCACACGCCACCGACAAAGAAUGGGUCGCACUGCCUUUCUCAAUGUUGUUCGCCGCAAAGGAACUAUUUCACCUCUAGGGAGUGAUGGUGGCAGUUGCAGAAGUCUAAAUGAGAAGCAAAACUUUCAGCCACAGCUUUUGAAAACAAAUGAUUGCAGUUCUCACUUAGAGCGGUGCAAGCCAGAUGGUGCACCACUUAAAUUGACCCCAGAGGAAGGAGGGAGUACGGAGGUAGUAGACUUGGCAGAAUACACACGCUCAAUCGAACGCCUGAAUGCAUCACUGAGCUUCCUGCAGACGGAAAUGCAGCGCCUGGCACAGCAGCAGGAACAUAUCAUGUGUCUGCGUGAGCAGCAAGCCUGGGUGAUUUCACCUCCACACACCCAAACGCAAACUUCAUUACAGAAACACAUGCGUGAGCUGCGCAGCAGUAGUGUUGUAGGUCGUGGAUCUGUGGGGUCUCUUUCCCCAAACCUAUCCUCCACAGGGUCGCCCCGUACCACUCAACGCUCACCUGCCCCCCUAAAGAGAAAGUCUGCUUCAUUCCAUGCCAGAACACCUCGUACUCCACGCCCAAGUGAGCUGAAAGUCACCCCGUUUAGUCGGAUGUUAAACACUCCACAGUCAGUGGACAGUCUACCCAGGCUGCGCCGAUUCUCCCCUCGACAAACACAAACUAGUUCUUUUGCAUACCUGGGACAUGAUGAGGGACCUACAGAUGAGAAUCUCACAAAUAAAGAGGAAGUAAAAGCAACAGCAGUGGGGUCUAUAGACCAGCAGUGUGUCACAGAUGCAGAAAAUAUUUCUGGUGAUGCUCUGUCCAGCCAUGUCACAGAGAACCAAGGAGAAAAAGAAGAGAAGGAGGAGAAAAAAGAUGACUAUACGAAUGAGAAACCAUCAGAAAAAGCUGAACCCAUGAAUAAAACAGCAGCAUUUCAGGUUCGGUCUCAGACAGUAACGGAGCAUUUGGAUGUGAUGAGAACAGACGGCACAGGGGAAGGUCAAGCACUGGGUAGGAAGGACCUAAUUGAAGUGCCCCUCUCCGAACUGAAGCCUCUGGAUGAUCAUGAACUGGAAAGUGGGAAAGUGACGGAGGGCAGGGUGGAGAUGUGUUGUGGGUUCUUCUACAGGGAUGAUCAGAAAGGUGAGGAAGACAUUGCACAGAAGAGAGCAGCUCUACUGGAGAAGAGGCUAAGGAGAGAGAAAGAGAUGCAGAUGAAGAAACUGCUGCAGGAGCAAGAGAUGGAGCAGAAGAAGGAAAUGUCAAGACUGAAAGCAGAGGAGGAUCGCCAAAAAAAGGAGGAAGAGAAGGCAAGACGGGAGUUCAUCAAAAAUGAGUAUUUGAGAAGAAGGCAGCUCAAACUGAUGGAAGACAUGGACAGUGUCAUUAAGCCCCGUCCCCCAAGUGUCAAACAGAAGAAGCCUCGUCCCAAGUCCAUGCACAGAGACAUCAUGGAGUCCACAAAACCACCUGCUCAGACAUACACAGGAUCACGACCUCGGGGAUACUCCGUCUCCAGUGUAUCACUUGCCUCACUUAACUUGGCAGACAGUGAGUGUGUCCUAGCAGACAAGAGGAUGUCCAGACGCAGUAAAUUUUCUCCAGGCAAUCUGUGUUUCUUUUUGAGCUCUGCAAAAGGGGCAAAGGCCAGACCAGAAACCACAGAAGGCCAGUUGUCACCCUGUUCGUUAGUAAAUCGGAAUGGGGAGAACUGGGAAAACGAAUCAACAUCGUCUGCAGCAUCUAACGCAGAAUACACAGGGCCAAAGCUUUACAAGGAGCCCAGUGCAAAGUCUAACAAAUACAUCAUCCAGAAUGCACUGGCUCACUGCUGCUUGGCAGGCAAAGUCAACGAGGGACAGAAGAACAAGAUACUAGAGGAAAUGGAGAAGACCGAGUCUAACAGUUUCCUAAUCCUGUUUCGAGAUUCGGGUUGCCAGUUCCGUGCCAUCUACACAUACUUCCCAGAAACAGAGGAGAUCAGCAAGCUGGCAGGCAUUGGCCCCAAAACCAUCAUGCCCAGGAUGAUAGAAAACCUGUACAAGUAUAGCUCAGACAAGAAGCAGUUCUGCCGCAUCCCAGCCAAGACCAUGUCAGCCAGCAUUGACGCCAUUACCAUCUAUAGCCACCUCUGGCAGACCAAGAAGCAGAGCACGCCCAAAAAGCUGCUUAAGUAAAGCAGGUGGAACACAAGGAAGCAUGCACUACACACCUCACUGAAGUUCUGGUCUGGAUUUCGGAGACUUUUUCACUGUUUAGUUUUUUCUUCUGAGAGUGAAAAGAAUGACACAAUUUCACUUCAACGUUACACACAGCUUGAAUGUAAAUAUUGAAGAUGUGCAGGACUGGUUCAUCAUACAGCCAGCAUCACUUUAAGAUGAGCUGAGAGCAAACACAAUAUAGCUUGUCGGUGAGGGGUGGGUGCCAAAGACACAGGUCACACAGCCUUGCUUUCUACUUUUUUUUUAAAAAUAUUUUCUUUUGCUAACUCUAACCUCGGUUGAGUGUGUGCAUUGAUGUGUGAUCAUAAAGAGACAUGGAGGGAUAUUAGAAUUAACAUCGAAUGAUCGUAACAUAUUUAUGAAGUGUCAUUUUGUUUACUGGAACCUAAGCACCUGACUCUGAAUUCGCUGUCUGAAUUUAUUUAUAUUUUUGAUUUAAAGUUGGUGCAAAAUGGCUUCUACCAGGUAUGAGUAGUGUGUUUGUAUAUAAUGGCCUUUUUCAUCUGAAUGCAGAUAUUAUUUGGCUUGUACACAUCAUUGUGAGGCCUUUUGUGAUUUUAAGGAAAUCAGCACAGAUCUACCAUUUAAGCUGCUAAACCAUAUCAUUCACACAAACUGUCUUGACUGUAACAUUCUCUGAAGUGCAACAUUCUUGGUUCAUGUAAUAUGUUCAUGAAAACUGGUGUCAUUUCUUUUAGAGAUACAGCUGACAGCUAAAGUACUUUGCAUUAACAAGUUACUAUUAAAAGCAAAAUAUUUACAGAGUCUAGUAUGAUCAUGCUUCCAUACCGAUGCUGCCAAUAUAGAUAAAAAUUUAAAUAACACAGUCUAAAUAACUUUAUACUUAAGUGCUUUCCCAAGAGCUGUUGCAUUUUUUACAAGCUUUGUAUCUAGCUUUGCUUUUUUUUUGUUUCUUAAAUAUCUUCAGGUUCAAAAGAACUGAAAGAUGUUUUUAUUUUUCUCUAGCAGAAAAAAAAAUCAUCCAUCAAGUUUAUUAGAGCUGUACAUAUUAUAGUUUUUCAUAUUAAGCCUAUUUUUUAAAGCCAUUGGAUAUUAAUGAUAUUUUUCAUAUUGACUAGAAAGUGCUGUAACUUUGGAAGGUAUUGUGGGUUAUUGUUGCCAAGGAGCAAAGCUGCAGUGAAUCUUCGGGCGUUUCUCAAACAAACUCACACUGACGGAGAACAAAACCACUCAACUAUGAUUGGGAGGUGCUCGAUACUUAAUGUUAGCAGCUUCCGGUGAGUUAUUGCUAGAUUAACUGAGUACUGGAGUAUCCAAUUCCCUACCAAGUUCAAAGUUACAUCAUAACUAUGUUGCAUUUAAAUUCUUUCUUUAUUCAGUCUGUUCCUAAGUACCAAGACCCAAUGCAUCUUCAUCCUCAAUAUUUGAGGGGAAUCAUCUGGUAUUUUAGCUGUUCAGUAUUUUUACCAUUCUCAUAUUCUUACAGGAAAAUUUACUUGCAUUUAAGUUGGACCUUCGCAGUGGAUGAAGUCAAAAGGAUAUGUAUUGAGAGGCCCUUUAACAGCAUAAAACCCCCCUGCAUUUUACCAUUCUAAGUAUUAUUUUUAAAUAAAAUGUCAGCUCUGGUCUAUAUCUAUUGUGGAGUAUUAUUUUGAUAUACAAUUUAGUGUAGUUUCAGUCAUAGCCUAUGUAACAGCUGAUUUGUUCAGUUUUCCUGCUCCAUCAUUUCUCGCUGUUGCUUGUGUUCCUAUUGUCAUUGUGUUGAAUGUCUGUUCAUUAUUGGAAAACCUGUCACAUUGUAUGGCUUUACA